AUGGAUCUGAAUUUAAACCGAGCGGAUUAUUUACAGGUGGGAGUGACCUCUCAGAAGACUAUGAAGCUACUUCCUGCUUCAAGAUAUAGAGCCACACAAAAGGUGGUUGUUGGAGAUCAUGAUGGAGUAGUUAUGUGCUUUGGCAUGAAGAAGGGAGAAACAGUGACAGUAUUCAAGACUUUACCUGGGCAGAAGAUUGCCACAUUGGAACUAGGAGGGGUUCUUAACACGCCCCAGGAGAAAAUAUUUAUUGCUGCAGGAUCUGAAAUUAGAGGCUUCACAAAGAGAGGAAAACAGUUUCUCUCUUUUGAAACAAACCUCACUGAAAGCAUUAAAGCUAUGCACAUAUCUGGCUCAGACCUUUUUCUCAGUGCAAGUUAUAUCUAUAACCAUUAUUGUGACUGCAAAGACCAACAUUAUUACCUUUCUGGAGACAAAAUCAAUGAUGUCAUCUGCCUUCCAGUGGAAAGAGUACUUCGUGAUGUACCGGUGUUGGCCUGCCAGGACAGAGUACUCAGAGUUUUACAGGGAUCUGAUGUGAUGUAUGAAAUUGAAGUUCCUGGCCCACCUACUGUUUUAGCCCUACACAAUGGAAAUGGCGGUGACUCUGGAGAAGACCUUUUGUUUGGAACGUCAGAUGGAAAACUUGGGCUUAUUCAGAUCACUACAUCCAAACCAAUACACAAGUGGGAAAUUCGAAAUGAGAAAAAGAGGGGAGGUAUUUUGUGUAUUGACAGCUUUGACAUUGUGGGUGACGGGGUUAAAGAUUUACUUGUUGGAAGAGAUGAUGGAAUGGUGGAAGUGUAUAGUUUUGAUAAUGUAAAUGAGCCUGUUCUACGAUUUGAUCAGACGUUGUCUGAGAGUGUCACAUCUAUCCAGGGUGGCUGUGUAGGGAAAGAUGGCUAUGAUGAAAUCGUGGUAUCCACAUAUUCAGGGGAAAGGUAAGGCUGGGUUACAGGUCUGACAACAGAGCCUAUUCAUAAGGAAAGUGGACCAGGAGAAGAACUAAAAAUUAAUCAGGAGAUGCAGAAUAAAAUUUCUUCUUUACGGAGUGAGUUGGAACAUCUGCAAUAUAAGGUACUACAGGAAAGAGAGAAAUAUCAACAGUCUUCUCAAUCAAGCAAAGCAAAAUCAGCAGUACCUUCAUUUAGUGUAAAUGACAAGUUUACAUUAAAUAAAGAUGAUGCCAGCUACAGCCUUAUCUUAGAGGUUCAGACGGCGAUAGACAAUGUCUUAAUACAGAGUGAUGUUCCAAUAGAUUUACUAGAUGUGGAUAAAAAUUCUGCUGUUGUCAGCUUUAGCAGCUGUGAUUCUGAGUCAAAUGACAACUUUCUUCUCGCCACUUAUCGGUGCCAGGCAAAUACCACAAGGCUGGAACUCAAGAUUCGCUCAAUUGAAGGCCAGUAUGGCACACUUCAAGCAUAUGUGACUCCAAGAAUUCAACCCAAAACAUGUCAGGUCCGCCAGUACCUUAUCAAACCCCUUUCACUCCAUCAAAGAACUCACUUUAUUGAUCAUGACAGACCCAUGAAUACACUGACUUUGACAGGCCAGUUCAGUUUUGCUGAACUUCACUCCUGGGUGGUUUUUUGCCUGCCUGAAGUUCCUGAAAAACCUCCAGCAGGAGAAUGUGUGACAUUUUAUUUUCAGAACACCUUCCUGGAUACACAACUUGAAAGUACCUACAGAAAAGGUGAAGGAGUUUUUAAAUCUGACAACAUUUCUACUAUAUCCAUCCUAAAAGAUGUGCUCUCUAAAGAAGCUACAAAAAGGAAAAUUAACCUCAACAUAUUAUACGAGAUAAAUGAAGUAUCAGUCAAACACACAUUAAAGCUAAUCCACCCAAAGCUGGAGUACCAGUUGCUUUUGGCUAAGAAAGUGCAAUUAAUUGAUGCUUUAAAAGAAUUGCAGGUUCAUGAGGGAAACACAAACUUUCUGAUACCAGAAUAUCGCUGUAUCCUAGAAGAGGCAGAUCACCUACAGGAAGAAUACAAAAAGCAACCUGCACAUCUUGAAAGACUCUAUGGCAUGAUCACCGAUCUUUUCAUAGAUAAGUUCAAAUUCAAAGGCACCAAUGUAAAAACCAAAGUGCCUCUUUUACUGGAGAUUCUGGACAGUUAUGACCAAAAUGCAUUGAUUGCUUUCUUUGAUGCUGCAUGA